AUGGGAGCAUUGCCCGAGAAAUGUGAUGAUCCGGGCCCUUGCAUGGUCACUUGCACCGUCAAUGGAGUUCAAUUCGUAGAUUGUAUGUGUGACCUCGGAGCAUGUGUUAGCAUCAUGCCUCUCUCCGUCUACCGGGUAUUGAAGUUACCACCACUAAAAAGGUCAACGGCGAGAUUUGUCCUAGCGGAUAAAAGCAUAAUAACCAUGACGGGUGUCGCGGAAGAUGUAUUGGUGAAUAUCAAAGGGUUGGUAUUUCCGAUUGACUUCUACGUCCUUGAAAUGCCAUCAAGUGAAACCGAGAGAGCAUCAUCCAUCUUACUUGGAAGACCAUUUUUGAGAACUUCUAGAUUUAAGCUAGAUGCUUACUCGGGAACAUACUCAUUUGAGAUAGAUGGGAGAGUCGUAAGUUUUAUCCUAGAAGAAGCAAUGAAGCAUCCACCGGAAAAUCACUCUCUAUUCCGGUGUGACCCAAUUGACAACAUUGUUGCCGAAGUGCACCUUGCAAAGUUAGAUGAGAAGUACAUGAUUGGAGAAGCAAAUGAAGAUCCAAGCAAAUUAAACACCACACACCAUACAAACCAUCCGGAAACUCAAACAUCAAAUCAUGACAAAAAGAUGGAAUUGAAGCCAUUACCCCCCCCCACCUAA